GCUUUUUUUUCUCCUUUGCCUUUCCUCAGCAUCCCCCCUCUCAGAGAUGGCGUGUGUCGCUGCUGCUCGGGCGUUGGUGGCCUAACGUGCACACAGAGAGGACCCCCAUCCCCCGAUUUGCUGCAUAUUCUUUGGGUGUCUCUUCUCACUGUAUCGUCUGCCGCUGCUGCUGUCUCUUAGCGCUACCCCCACCCAACCUCCCUGUGCGGGUGUCUGGGAGUUGGGCCCUUGGGGGUGGAGGGAAUCAACAUCGUGCUUCGCUGGGGAGCUGUGCAGAAUUAGCUAUGCCCUGCCCAGGCAUCCUCUGACCGGCUGGAUUUCUUCAUUUCUGUCCGCCUGCGCACCAGAGGGCAACGUAGGAUGAAAAUCUGCAAUCAUGAUGCAAGGACUAAAAAACCGAACAAGGAAAGCCCUGGGCUUACGAAAGAGGGACAAGGAUACAGACACAACGAGUUCACCUGACAAAGAUGGAGCUGGAAGCGGAAAGAGAGGAAAUAAAAAGGCCAAUGGAGCACCAAAUGGUUUUUAUGGGGAGAUUGACUGGGACAGAUAUGCCUCCCCUGACGUGGAUGACGAGGGCUUCAGCCUCCGGCCCGGUGACGAGGGUGAUGCAGCUUGCAAAGGAAAGCAGUUUUUCUCCUCCAGCGACUCCGAGGACGACGAGGACAGCAAGAAAAAGUUCAAAAUUAAGAUCAAGCCGCUGGUGUCGGACAGUACCAAGUGUGUCCCUCCAUCUAUGGACGAGCUAAAAGCCUCAGUAGGAGGCCUGGCACUCUCCCCAUCUCUGAAGAGAAGUCCGAGACGCAGCCCGGGGCAGAUAAAGAGGAAUUUGUCUUGUGAAGAGAUUGCCAGACCCAGACGCUCCACCCCUACGCCAAGUCCUGCACCUGAGACGCCAAGUGACAGGUUGUCGCAGAACGUUCCUGCCUUUUUUGGGCUGCCUUCAGAGACCAAAUAUGCCAGAUAUGAUGUGGUCCCUAGUGAGCUAUGGGGAGACUCGAGACCACGCUCAGACUCCCCACUGAGCAGAAGUUUUCCAACAGGAGCUCCUCCUCCUCUUCCUCCAAAAAACAUUCCAUCAAGAAGUCAUUACGGCUAUCCUUCGGACUCCGCUGCUGAUCUACCCAAUGGAAGGGCAGCUCGCAGCUCUGCCCCCAUCUACCUGAACGUCUUGUCACCUGCCUCCUACCGAGGCUCCCCUGCCCCUGAACUGGAUGACGUAUUCAACAUGGACAGCCCCCGCACCACUGAGGACACAGUGUCUCCCAGAUGGGUCACUUUCACUGACGACAGACCCCCGCCGCCUGAUGAACCUGCUCCCCCUCCGCCACCGGACUCCCCUCCCCCAGACACCCCCUCAUCUACGCCCUCCACCCCCUGCCUCUCUCCAGGACCACCACCAGACGAGCCCCCGCCUUCGCCUCCACUAUUUUCUCCCGGGUCUCCUCCUGUUUUCACGCCACCAGACUCACCCCCCUCCAUCAUGCUCGGCCCUCCUCCUCCGGAUGAACCAGCCCCUCCCUUGCCUCCCAACUUCUCCCCACGUAAUUCACCUCCUCUGUGCCUCGACGAGGAUGCGAUCGAUGAGGAGGUCCUGCAGUUUGCGGAAUUCUCUUCGUCCCCUGCCCCCAUCAGCCCUGUGCCACCUCUGCCAGCAGACCGAAGGUCUCCUCGGGCAGGAGUCACAUCUCCCCUGGUCCUUGGGGGUAUGGGGGGAAAGAGGACUCCAGAGGGAGCAUACCUGAGAGAUGAUAUCCCAGACUUAGUGGGUUCACCCAGAGAGCUGACACCGAGCUUUAGGGGCACGCCCCCUCCUCUCCCUCCAACCACCUAUAGGUCUAUUAUGUCUUCUCCGGGGCCAUACUCAGGCAGCAGCCCCUCGUCUCCAGCCCGUCCUGCCACACCUCAGUCUCGAGGCAGUCCAGUCCCUCCGCCUCCUCCUCCUCGACCGUCCUCACGACCGAAGCUGCCUCCCGGGAAACCAAUCACAGAUCUGUCUCGGCCCUUCAGUCCGCCGGUUUCAGGCAGCCCCCCACCUCUGGCCCCCCUGGCCCGGGCAGAGAGCUCUUCCUCUAUCUCCUCCAUUACCUUGCAGAGUGCAGCAUCUACUCCAACCUUAGGAAGGGACCUUAACACGUCCACCGCAGGGUGUUCCAGAGGACCCAGUCCGCUCACCAUGGGACCUCAGGACACUCUGCCAGUGGCAGCUGCCUUCACAGAAACCAUCAACGCCUACUUCAAAGGCGCGGACCCCAGCAAAUGUGCUGUGAAGAUCACAGGGGAAAUGGUGCUGUCCUUCCCUGCAGGCAUAACCAGACAUUUUUCCAGCCACCCAACUCAACCCAUCCUCACCUUUAGCAUCAGCAAUUACAGCCGACUGGAGCAGGUCCUCCCCAAUCCACAGCUGCUGUGCUGUGAUUCCACAACGGACAGUGUAGACACCAAGGAGUUCUGGGUGAAUAUGCCUAACUUGAUGAGCCAUCUGAAAAAAGUGGCUGAACAGAAGCCUCAGGCGACAUACUACAACGUGGACAUGAUCAAAUAUCAGGUGUCAGCAGCGGGGAUCCAGUCUACUCCUCUGAACCUGGCAGUGAGUUGGCGAGGCGAUGCCACCAACACAGACCUUAGAAUAGACUACAAAUACAACACCGAGGCCAUGGCCGCCCCAAUGCCACUACACAACAUCAACUUCCUGGUUCCUGUAGAUGGAGGCAUGGCCAAACUCCAGGCCAUGAUGCCCCCUGCAACCUGGAAUCCAGAGCAGCAGACAAUUCAGUGGAAAAUCCCUAGUCUCUCUCAUAGAUCUGAAAAUGGAGGGGUAGGGGCUCUUCUGGGCCGGUUCCAGAUGACAGAAGGUCCCUGUAGACCAACACAGCUGACAGUCCAGUUCACCAGUGAGGGGAGCACUCUGUCAGGAUGCGACAUCCAGCUGGUCGGGACCGGCUACCGGCUAUCAUUGAUCAAGAAGAGAUUUGCUGCAGGGAAGUAUUUGGCAGAUAAUUAGUGGACCUGUUUGUGAACGGAACCAAAAGAAUCAAUGGCUUUUGACUGUGAAGACUAUGGAUCCAUCCCAUGUUUAGUCCAUUUGACACUUUAUCUUUAGCACUCAUUAGAAUCAGUGGUUGAGAUUUAACAGAAUACAUAACAAACACAGAGGAUAUUUGACUUCAUCAUAUUCAGCAGACUGACUGCUGCUGAGUUUAUGCAAGUAAAUACAAACCAUUCAUUUUGUGUCUUUGGAACAGCUAUGAGCUUACAUGGAGUAAAAUAUAGGGAAACUCUGAUUCUUUGUUCUUGUUAACAUAACUGUGGAUUCAUACAGUGAUCCAGCCUUAUUCAUUGCCGUUUCCUUUGUCUAACUGGUUGUCAUUGCAGAUGCACUGUAAAAGAUAAUGUGAAUAGAUUAUAUAAUAUUAAAUCAAUCUUAAACAAGGUGGAAAAGAAUGGAAAAAGUGUAGUAUAGGAUUGCUUUGCAGUUUUAUUCCUGUAAGUUAUAGGUUACAUGGUAAUAUCUGAUUUACACUGCCACCUCAAAUCAGAUUUUUUCCCCCACCAUGUGUGACCAAUCUUUAUGGUUGUCUAAGCAGAAUUUAUUUUUCUGUGUGGACAGCCUUUGAAAUGUCACAGCCCAUUCUAUCAGUCUUUGUGAUUAAAGGUGACUGGUCAGUUCACAGUUCCAAAUGACCCGCAGCGCUGGACUAACAUCAGCACUCUUAAUCUGAAGGUGCUUUUUAUAUGGAAUUAAAUUUGUGCUUCAAUUCGGAUUCGCAACUAGCUCAGUUAGCUACCGCAUAUCAGACGUUAGCUUGCUAUCAACCAAGACAGCUAGUCUGCAAGCUAAACAAGUUCAUUUUCAAAGAAAUGUCCCGUCCCACAAUCAGGAUUGAAGCACUUAUAUGUAAUACUAUACUUUUACAUGUACAGCCCUCACUACUACAUUGAUGGCAUUUUGCCGUUAACGGGUUAUGUGGACAGAGAGUUGAAACUGUCAGUAAAUCAGUUACGGCACUUUGACCUGCUGAAGAACAAAAUCAUUACAUUACCACUAUGGGCACGUGCAAUGCUGAGAUACAUUAAAUUCUCCACAUCACAGGAUUUUAGUGGUAUUUGUGGUGGUGUGUGAAUGGUCAAAUUUUGUAACAGUAAGGCGAUACUAGUGUGACUGACAGAAGCUGCUACUUUCAGUGGAACAGUUCAGUUAAUUUAUUCUGUUAAUGUUACAGAAAUUAUGUUUGAAAGGGCUUUAAGAUGUAAGACACACACAGAGCCAGGUAUGAGUGCCAUACGGUGGUGAAAAGGAGCUUUAAGUUUCAGGAGAAAGGGGACCUGGGCCGACGAUUGUAGAAGUUGCCUUUGAUGCUGCUUAAAAAGCUGGCCAAUUCCUUUGACCAUGAUCUUUGAUAGAGGUCUUGACGAGUAUUAUCGGGGACAUGACAGAUUAAUGAAAAGAAAUGUCUAUCAAAGAAGAUGGCACUAUUCAUAUCCCUGUUUUAUUUUUCUUCCUUUUCCACCAUGUUGAAUAAAUGUUUUAUCAUUUUCUAAUAGCAAUAUUUAAAAACAUAAGUGUAAAAAGUGUACAUAAAAAGCUAUGUUUCAAAUAUUUCUCUGGGCAUAUGGAUGUGUCUGUGAUUGUCUCUUGGUUUAUUGAUGUCAGCACUCAUAAUGCAUUAGGUUCUAUGUAACGACACCGCCACUCUUCAUUUAUUGUUUUACAUGUGGGUUUCUUGUAUUAAAAAAAAAGUGUUACUGAAUGACUCCAAACGGUGCCGCAUGAAAUCUGCAUUUGUCCGUCACCAGUCUUAUCAAUGCAAUACCAAUUUAUCCAUUUCAAUGAGGUUAUGAUACGUGCGUUAUUGUAUAAUUGUGCUUUGAGAGGAGACUUUUUGCCUUCACUUAAACCUCCUAUCUCUGUUUUGCUGUUGUUGCACCUUCAGAAACCCAUUGUCAAUAAAUUUGGCAUGUAUUCAUUGAUA